UUCAUAUGAUAGAAUUGAGAAUAAAUACGGUGAAAUUGAAAACAAUAGUGAUUUAGAAUUUGAAAAGAAAAUAGAAGAUGAACUUGAUGAACCUGAUACUAAAUAUGAAAAGGAUACUGAAGAUGAACUUGGUAUUGAAUUUAAUAUUGUUAGUGAAUCUGAACCUGAUACUGAGCAUAAAAAGGAUACUAAAAAUAGACCUGGUAUUGAAUUUGAAGAGGAUAUUAAUAUUCAAACAAUUGAGGCUACAGGAGUUCAGCCUAGUACUUUUAUAAUUGAUGCAAAUCCAAGUCUUGAAA